AUCCAACCCCAGAACGGUUCUGCUGGAAGAGCAAAGAUCAUCAAAGUCCCUUUAAUUCGCAAUUAGUCCCUCUGCCCAAGGCUUUGAAAAUUGCUUAGAUAAACUGCAUUAAAAGUUAAAUCGGAAUUAACCUUUCCUUGCAUAAAUGACCCCUCGCAGCCCCAGCUGCAGCAGAACGGGGCUGGAUGCAGAGUACGGGGCUCCCAGCGGGGCAGCCCCUUCUUGGGGCUAAAAUGGGCGAGUUUGGGUCCGUUCCCCUCGCAGCACACCCGUCCCGUGGGGGCUGCUCCGCUCCGCGUGGCUCGGCCCCGCCGCGAGCUGACCCUUGGCACAGGGCUGCCGCGCCGGGGUAUUUUUAGAGAAGAUAAGAGAGACGGCAGGAGAGAGGGCUGCGUUCCAGGCAGCUCCGACUCUUUAAUUAUGUUUUUGGUCUAGAAAAUUAUAUGGUUCCUAGAGCGUAAAUAGAGAACGUAUGGAAGGUAAUUGCACCUCCGGGUGCAGAGCAGCUGGAGCAGGGAGAGGCCACGUCCGUGCAGAGGCCGGGAUGGGAGGGAAGAGCUGGCCGGGGAGGCGAGGGAGAAGCCAGGGCACUUCCCUGUGCCCGUCCCGUCCCUCGGGAGCACGGACAGGGGACCUCAUAGCGAGGGCACGGGGGGUCCCAUGGAGACCUGCCCGUGAGCCAUCCCGCUGCCGCUAGUCCCUGCGCUUUGGGGCAGUUCCCUACAAAGCUGUCACCUGGGUCACCUGGCCGGGGCCGCCCCGGGCACAGAGGACGAGCCAGGUUGUCUGGGGGUGGUGGGAAUCUUCCCCCCAGCCUCGUACACCCCCGAACGGAGAGCCGUGGUUGCUCCGCAGGGAGGAAGGAAAUCUAGGGACUGGUUUCGUGGUUGCGUCUUGCAUCCUGCUCAGGACUGGGGCACAUGGGAGGAGGGAGCCUCAAAUGUUCUCCGCGAUUUCUUUAUCUUCAGAGCUGCCCUGAUUUCGGGUGUGAAACCCGGAGCUAGCAGGGGUGGGGGGUGUGGGGCUCGCUGCAGCAGCUCCUGAGCAUCCCUCGCCGAGCUGCUGGCAUCCUUCGCUGCAGGCUGCCCAAAAAGACGUUCCUGUUCUGCAGGAGAGAGGGCAAGCGCAGAAGCUUUUUCUUUUAAGCGCCUUUUUUUUAUUAUUUUUUAAUCCAGACAAGUUUAAUUUUUGGUGCAUCGCAUUCUUUUAAAGAAUGCUUUAAAUUCAAAACCACCCUAAGCUCUGCGUUGGCGGCGAUUCGCUGCGUGUUUCCCUCUCCUUCCCCUCCUUCCACGAAGCGACGCGGCUGGAGGACGCUGCAAACAAAGGCAAGGGCACGCUUGGGCUGCCGCCGUGCACCCAGCAGGACGAGGGGCAGCGCUGCGAAUCCACCGGGUGCUGCUGUGCGGGGCUCAGGACCUUGCAGGGCUCAGGACCUGCAGCGACGAGGAGCCGAAACCUUCGGUAGGUGCAGGAGCGUGAGAAGGGACCUGGGGUAACCCGGUCCCUGCAGAUGCUCGGCUCCGUGUGCAGGAUGAGUUUUCUCCAGGUAGGACUUCGCUGUCGAGGCAGCUCCAAGCCCAUCCCAGAAGUCGGGAUGUUCUCGGGACCCAGAGCCCCUUCGUGGGGAGUCCAGCACAUUCUGCCUGAGAUGAAAACCGAAGGUCUUGAUGGGGGAGGAAGCCGGGGUAAUUGCUCUGGGAGAUGGGAAAGGGACUCCAGGGAAAACAGCUGGGACUGGGCGAGGAAAUCCAGGCUUCAAUCUCAAACCUGUCUGCAGCUGCAAUCCGGGAAGGGGUUUUGCAGAGCCUUCACCCUGCCGCCCUCCUCGGGUUUAACUCUCCUCUGGCCAAAUGCUGGACGUGUGGGAUCUUUUCCCUCCUCCUUCCUCCCGUUUCCCAGUAUAAAUACAUGGAGCGAAGCCUCCAGCUCUGUUUAUUGAACACAAAUAGAAGAUAAAAUAGUGGAAAACUAAUUUUUUCAUGCUCAUUGGUGGGAAAGAUUAAAAUUAUGCAAAUCCUCAGCAGCGAGCUUGGUGCAGAGAUAAGGGGAUGUUCAAGUCGGCUGGCUGCCUGCUAAUUCACUCAUUGAAAAAGAAAUGAGCAGGAAAGCUGUGAUCAGCGUCACCGGCCCCUCACGGCGCUCACGGGGCCGGGAUUUCUUCGCCGUGCAGGGAGGAAGGCGAACAAAGGAAACCUUUUUUGGAGGAGUGCGGGAUGUGCGGCGAGAUGCAGCCGCCCGCCCCGAACUCACGUGUCUUCGAGUGCCGGCUGCGGUCGCUGUGAUGGGGCACCGAGACCUCGCCCGGGACAUUUCUGCUGACCCCCAGCCUUCCAGUUUGCAAUGACCUUAAACUCCCCAAGAGCUCAGGCAUUUGUCUUUUUUUCCCCCAAGCGUGAUGGUUCUGGGGGUGAAUGAGGCGAAACCUGCCAUUUGGAUCCCUCUUGGGUCUGAGCAAGGCUGAGAUGCGAGCGGGGAACCUCCGAAGACGAGCGCUGCUGGUGCUGGCUGCUUUUUGCUGUGGCUCUGGGGGCUGUGGGCCACAAAGCGGGGCUCAGCCCAGGGGUUGCUGCCCCGACACGAAGGCAGGGAAGGGACAGGACUGCGCUGUGUGCCAGGACCUGCCCUCUGCCAGCACUCCCAGCCCCGUCGUCCACCCAGCAGGGCCCAUCUCCCCCCGUGAGACGGCCGCUUUGUUACGGAAAGCAAGUCUCCGAAUUCCCCUGAUGGGCAUAACAAUUAAUUUUUUGCAAAGCCGCAGUGCUGCGGGGUGUUCCCGGGAUGAAAGGCCUGUGCGUCCGCCCGGGACGGAGCAGGGUAUGCGCAGAUGUGUUUGCGGUCAGCAAAAAGCAUGAAGCAGCAUCCAUCCCUUGGCCCCCGUGACUCCGGGUCUCUGACUCAGCCCCGCGCUUCGGCAGGAGGAAAGAUUUAACUCCUUUAGACCAAACCGCGCCGUGUCCGACGCUACCGGCUGGCACCUCUCCUCUCGGGGGAGAGCUCAGGGCAAAUAACGGGGUUUUGCGUGCUGCACUGCCUGCUUUGCCCAGCGCGGGCUCCUCGGCUGACCCUUGAGUUUAUUUCUUGAAAUCCCAGGAGACGACGCUGGCGUGCGAUGCCCGGUGCCCCCUGGAAGCAGAAACCCUGCAGAGCAGCUCCGGUUUUCGGCCGAGCAAAGGCACCCAGAGCUCGAAAUGCCGACGGCUGCUCGUCGUGCUGGGAGAGGAAGCCUGGUGCCAGCGCGUGUUUUUGGAAGGGUUUCUCCGACUUCCUGUCAAAUCAAUAUUUAUUCACCAAUCUAUUUGUUUGCUUUUGUCGCUGAAAACUCUCGUGGCGUUUUUUUUUUUUUGUUGUUGUUUUGUUUUGUUUUGUUUUGUUCCCCUUGCGUAUUUUUGGCUGCGCGGCGCUGGCGAGAGGGGCUGCUCCAGCUCUGCUGGCUCCAGCCGUUCCAGCUGCUUCCUCCAGCCCGGCGCUCGGCGCCACUGUUGUACGGAGGGGCUCGGCUGGCCGCAGCCUUCUCCCCGCUCGCGCUUGGGCAGGAGGUGACAACGCUGCUGGGAUCGCAAGGGGCUGACCUCGGAGACCGUGGUUUUCCACGGCUGCGGUAUGGGGGCCACGAGACCGAUGAGCGGGGUGCAGUGGACACCAGCCACCCCCACAGUGCUUCGGUCUCCUGCAGAAACCCGAGCCUUUGGGUUUCCUUUGGCUCCUGUUGCUGGUUUGUAGGCACGGUAGGGGUGUGCACAGCCCCUGUUGCCCCCCGGGGGCUGCAGGACCCCCCUGUAUCCACCUGCAGGCGCUGCCCUCCGGCCCCGUGGUGCCUCCCCGGCAGCCUGCACAACCCCGGCCCUCCAGCCCUGCGGUUGCCCUCAGCUUUUAUUCCCAUCACCGCGAACCUUCCCGUUCAUUUCUUGUUCCACUUCACACCGGGAGCAAAACAAAGAGCGGCUCGAGCAUCGCCCUCCCUCCAGCUGCGCUCCUCCCUCCCCCGCUCCCACCGGCUCCUUCCCGGAGCCCGUCGGGGUGCUGCUCGUCGCCCUCCCUGCCCGGGCUCUCCUUUUCCUGCCCUGCCUCUCGUUUUCCUGCCCUUCCUUCCCCCGUGCCACCGUCGUGCUUCGCCUGAGGAUGGGGACCGAGGCUCUGCGUGGCUGCGGCACCUCGCUGCUGCUUCCAGCUGGCGCGGCUCCAGCUGCUCGCAGAGCUCCUUGCACCUGCCCAAAGCUGCGCCCGACGUCCGCGGGGCCGUGACGGAGCCGGAGCUGGGGGUGCCAUAAAAAAGGGGCUUUUUAGCAGGACCUAAAGUGCUCCGGAGCCCCCGCGGGCUUGGGGAGAGCGUCGCCUCCUCCGGGGCUGUCUGCGGAGCCCCGGAGCUGGAAUAUUAUUUAUCUCCCCCCAGCCAAAUCACGCAAAGCUAAAUUGAGCUGUGGCAGGCAAAAGUGUGAAGCGUAUUAUUAGGAACAGGGAGCUCUUGUUCCACAGCUGCUGCCGCUGCUGCCGUUAGUAAUUAAUGUUUGAGGAAUUGCAGAUCUUCAUUAGGAGAACAAUUAGAUUAACGAGAGAGCCUGAACUGAGGCUGUGGUGGGAAAGGGGUGGGGGGGGGAAGCUUUAAAAACAAAAUAGAGCCCCUCCCUGACACCCUGCCGUGCUGCUUGGGGACGUGCUGGGAUCGUGGAGGGGAAGGAGCCGGUCCCCGCUUGUCAGAAGGAUUUCAGGCAGUCUGGACCCAUCACUCAGCCGCGGCACCCGGCUAUUAGCGGAGAGAGCGUUGGGUGAAGGCUGCUCGGGGCUUGGCGAGGUGCUGGGGCUGCCUCGUUAAAAGCUUUAAUUGGUGGCCUCGGCGCUGCACACACUGACCCCUCCGAGGCGAGAGCCGCCCUGGGAUCGCCUCACUGCAGGGUCUGAGCUUUAAUUCAGCAAGGAGAGGGCCUCAGGCUGAGAUUUGAGAUGAUUCUUGGCACUUCUACAGCGAGAGGAGUUUGGGGUCCCCUCCACCCCUUGUUUUCUUCCCUGUGCUGCCCCUGUGCUGGGGCCAUCCGUGCACCACCGCUGCCUGACGGACGGACGUGGCACCGAGGGAUUUGCUCAGCAUAAAUGAACCAUUUGGAGGCUGUAAAACCAUAGGAAGCGAAGGCAGAAGGGAGGUUGGAAGGUCAACGAGUCCCUCUCGCUGGCCCAAGGCAACAUCGCCCAUUUGGAAGUCCUCGGAGGCAGAUAAAUGCGUGCCCGGCCUGCUCAAAAACCUGGGACAACGGGACCGCAGAUCUCUCCCUUCGGUAAUUGAUGGGGACAGAGGAGUUGCGUUUCCCAGCGGCUCCAGAUGGCGCGGCGAGAAUAAAAGCGUUUUCUGCAAUAUGGUGGCUUCCGCGCGUCCGAAGGAGAGAUUUGUUGCUGGCCCCGUUCCCGUUUGGCUCGGCGCCGCCGAGGAUGGCCGAGGCACCGCCUGGCCGGGCAGAGGGGUCCUGGGAGCUGGCGAGCUCCCUGCGCCGCCCUCGGCCGCUUCUCGGGGGCAGCGCUCUCCCUGCCCUGCCGCAAAUGGAGGACAAAAUGCAUCCUUCUCCCUGGCCAGGCUCAUUCCGUCGCGUGCUGAUGGUCUUAAUGAUGGCGCCGAGUAAAUAUUAUCACGUUUAAUUCAUUGCCCGCUUCCCGUGGGGGCGGGGGGGGCACCUUUGUGCUGCUCAGCGUUACGAACCCCGAGCUGCGGAUCCGCAGGCAGCCUGCUCACAAAACCUCUCUGCGCGGUCUUCGUGAGGAGCGACUGGUCCCAAAGGAACCCGGGUGAUCUCGCCGGCCUGUCAAAGCCCCCCUCGUGUUGGCUUAAAGUAAAAUAAAAACGACGUGUCUGCCAGGUGGAGUCUGUUGGAAUUUGGGGUAAUGGGUGGGAUCUCCCAGGGCCCUCUCGCAAGCUCUUUUCCUACAGCCUGCUGCAGGAGGGAUGUUAGCAGCCUCUGAGUGCUUAUAAAUGUUUUAAGCAGCCUCUGAUGCAUCCCUGGUGGGGACUGGCCGCGUAUGGGUUGCGUUAUCACAGCCAACGAACGCAGCCACCUCUGGGUGGGACGGCUGCUAGCCUGCAGGACCACGCUCCUACGGCCGCUCGGAGCAGAGGGGGAGGAAAAUCAGAUUUAAUAGAAGGAACCCAGCAGGGUGAGACCGGGCUGGCAGGCAGGAGCUGGAGGAUGGCGAGGAGGACGUUACUCCCGGUUUCUGCUUGUUUAGCAGCCUCUUAAUUUCGCAUCUCAUGCGGAGGAUGGAAAUUGCAGGCGAGCCCUGCCUGGCCGAGCUGCUCGGCUCAGCCCUGCUCCUGCCUGGCACCGCACGGGCGCUUUGUGGGGCUCUGCUCGGUGCUAAGGUAACUCCUGCAGGCGCUCGCUGGAGCCGGGGCCCUCUGCAAGGAUGUGACAAGAGCCAGAGGCUUCCCUAGAUCGACGAGGCAGAAUGAAAUCAGCGAGCACGGAGCGUGGAAGCGGCUCCCUGGCUCUGCUGCUGACCUUGAGCAGCGCAGCCGAAGACUCUGUCCAGUCUGCUCUGGUGUCUGCUGGUCCUCCACCAGCCCAAGCAGCGACCCAGCAUCAUCCCAGCUCAGCUCUUGAAUUCAGAUGAGAUCGCGGCAGUGAGUGACGGAUGGGAUUUUUUUCUUUCUCUCCUUCUUCCUUAAUCUCCCCUGGCUGGUGGGUCUGAGACACAGGAUUCCUGCUAGAGCACGGGAGGGGAUUUGCUCAUCUUCUGUCUUGCAAGCUCGAAAGCAAAUCCUCUUUACGGAGUUUAACCCCCUGUGUAGGCCUGCAGGGCUGGAGCGCUUGGCAAGGAGAUGGUGGGGGAGAGAUUCUGCAGGAAAAGGGCUGGCGUUAAACACAAGAGGGGAGGAUGGGGAGCAGCGUCCCGGAGCCCUCGGUGGCCCGGGGGUGCAGCGUAGCCUCGUGUUGGUCUUGUCUGCAGCUCCCCGGGUCCUGGGCUGGGAAGGGCCCGUCCGGAGGCAUCGAUGGGGCUGUGGAGGGGUAGUGGCAUCGCUCCAGGCACUGAGACCUGCAGCAGGUCCCCGGGGUGGGUGAAGCAGCCCCGGUGCUGGUGGCUGGGUGAGAUGGGGUGGGCGAAAGUCCUUCCGUGCCGGGCUCCCGAGCUGGCUGCUGCAGAGCCCAGGAAGACAGACAGCCCGUGCUAAUAGCCCUGAUGAGCUUUACUUGCCGGUCGCUAAUCAGCGAGAUGAGAGCUAUCGUGGCAAAGCUGUUCCCAUGGUAAGGACCAAGACAUGAGCUCUCUGUCCUUCGUGCUGCAGCUCAGGCCCCGUCCUUGCUGUGCUGGGGGAUUUGCUGCUGAGGUUGCGCCGAGCAGCCGCACGCAUCCCUUUUCCACCGAUGCUCCUCGACCUGUCCCACUGGAAGCACAGCCGUACCUUUUCCGUGGGGUAGGAAGCAAACCAGAUCAUCAGCUGCGCUGCUGCUGCAAUGACUCCUGUACCACCAAACAGUAAUUAGGCUAAACUUUGCUUGCUUCGUUACUUUUAUUUCUUCUCGUUUGCUCUCUGCCACGGGUGCGCAGGGGGCACCGGCCUCGUGCAGGGACCGCAGCAGGACUUUGCAGGCGAGAGCAGCCGUGUCGUGCACGAGCCAUAGAAGGAAAUGCAUUUCUUUCCCUUUUUUUGUUUCCUGAGGCUUUCGGCUUGCCAGUACGUGGGCUUGAGCUGUUCCAGCCUCGGGAGUUUUAAUUGCUUUUUCCUGAUUCGAAAAGCAAGGGCAGUCCCUCGGCAUCUCCUGGCCACAGGAGACCCUGAAAAUGAUGAGCGUGAGGUUAAAUCCAGCUCAACUCUGUGUCAGUCAGUAGGAGCCUCUCUGGCGUCGGUGGGGUGUGACGGAGGGGGGUUCGUGCCUGGGUCCGUGGGGUUUAAAUGGGGUUCUCCAGGGCGUUGGGCUUUGAGUGAGUUCUGUUGUUGGGUUCUGGCCUGGUGUGGUUUGGGGGUUUUUUGCUCUAUUUCUGUCAUAGCUCAUGGUAUCGGGGGCCGUGUCUAGACAGAAAAAUAAUGGAGCAAAGCAAAGGCUGGGCUCUGCGGCACUGUUCUCCCCGGGGCGAUGCCC